GGAAUUUUUACGAGAAAUUUUCAUUUAUUCUGCCAAUCAGCUCUGAAUAUACACAUCUUUACCAUCUUUUUAGUGUGGGAGGGUGUUUGCGUAAGUCCAGUAUGUGCAUAAAAAGCAAGACUUCACUAAUAUGAAUUAGUUUAUGGACCAGAAAUGAGUUUGCUCUAUAAAGUUAUUUUAUUUUGAUUUUAGCAAAUAAUUUUUAAGCUUUGUUACCUGGAAAGCGUAUACAAAAACUUUUUGUCUUGAGAAGUACGUCUGGAUAAUUUAGAAUAGCUACAUUAAAAUCUGUGUGUGUGUGUGUGUGUGUGUGUGUGUGUGGAGAGACAGAGACAGAGACAGAGACAGAGACAGAGAUUGAGGGAGUGAGAGAGAUUACGGUUUAAAGAGUACCGCUGGGUUAGCAAAUUGGCUCAGUGCCACUGGGGGAUUUUCAGAUUUACCAAUUCUCUGCCUAUUGUUGCAGCUCUGAUUUAUGGACUUUGGAAUCUCUUGAAAGGCAAAGCGUCUCGAGUUUAGGGUCUUUCCUUGCCAGUCCCUCCAUUUCCCCUAUACUGUUUUUGCCCAUGUUCACCUUGUGGCGACCUUGCAGGACUCAGCGUUUUUACCUGAGCUCAGUAGCUGGGGAGCCCACUAGUGCUGGGGAGAGGGCAGUGGUUUCCAUUCCUGGGUGAUGGAGUCAUGGGAGAAACUGCAGCGAACCAACGGAGAGUAGGACCGGAGCCGGGCUCCAAUGUGCUUUAAGCGGCUCAGGACAGAGCAGCUGUUCUGGUCUCCCAGCCUGCAAGUGCUGCCUGCAUUUGUCACUGACCACUGAAGUGUGUGUUUGUGCAAGGUGAGAGCUGGGUGCUUUCUCAUUAAUUUGGAGACAAAUUGCCAGGAGGCGAUCGAGAUCGGAUGACAGCAAACCAUGAGAGCUACCUCCUUAUGGCGAGCACCCAGAAUGAUAUGGAAGACUGGGUUAAGUCCAUCCGUCGAGUCAUAUGGGGACCUUUUGGUGGAGGCAUUUUUGGACAGAAACUUGAAGACACUGUCCGUUAUGAGAAGAGAUAUGGGAACCGUCUGGCUCCAAUGUUGGUGGAGCAGUGUGUGGACUUUAUCCGACAAAGGGGGCUGAAGGAAGAGGGUCUGUUCCGACUGCCAGGCCAGGCUAACCUUGUUAAGGAGCUCCAGGAUGCCUUUGACUGUGGAGAGAAGCCAUCAUUUGACAGCAACACAGAUGUACACACAGUGGCAUCACUUCUUAAACUGUAUCUCCGAGAACUUCCAGAACCAGUUAUUCCUUAUGCAAAGUAUGAAGAUUUUUUGUCCUGUGCCAAACUGCUCAGUAAGGAAGAGGAAGCUGGCAUUAAGGAAUUAGCAAAGCAGGUGAAGAGUUUGCCUGUGGUCAAUUACAACCUCCUGAAGUAUAUUUGCAGGUUCUUGGAUGAAGUGCAAUCCUAUUCUGGAGUUAACAAAAUGAGUGUGCAGAACUUGGCCACUGUCUUUGGCCCUAAUAUCCUGCGCCCUAAAGUGGAAGAUCCUUUGACCAUCAUGGAGGGCACGGUGGUGGUCCAGCAGUUGAUGUCAAUGAUGAUUAGCAAACAUGAUCGCCUCUUCCCCAAAGAUGCAGAACUGCAAAGCAAACCCCAAGAUGGCACGAGCAAUAACAACAAUGAAAUUCAGAAGAAAGCCACCAUGGGCCAGCUACAGAAUAAGGAGAACAAUAAUACUAAGGACAGUCCUGGCAGGCGGUGCUCUUGGGACAAGUCCGAGUCUCCCCAGAGAAGUGGUGUGGAUAAUGGAUCCCCCACAGCUCUACCAGGUAGUAAAACCAACAGCCCAAGGAACAGCGUUCACAAGCUGGAUGUCUCUAGAAGCCCCCCUCUUAUGGUCAAAAAGAAUCCUGCCUUCAAUAAGGGCAGUGGGAUAGUCACCAAUGGGUCCUUCAGCAGCAGUAAUGCCGAAGGCCUGGAGAAAACCCAAACCACUCCCAAUGGGAGCUUACAGGCCAGAAGGACCUCUUCACUGAAGGGGUCUGGUACCAAAAUGGGCACCCACAGUGUACAGAAUGGAACGGUGAGAAUGGGCAUUUUGAACCCCGACAUGCUUGGGAACCCCGUGAACGGUCGCAGCAUGAGCUGGCUGCCCAAUGGCUACGUGACCCUGAGGGAUAACAAGCAGAAAGAACAAGCAGGGGAGUCAGGCCAGCACAACAGACUCUCCACCUAUGAUAACGUCCAUCAGCAGUUCUCCAUGAUGAACCUUGAUGACAAGCAGAGUGUCGACAGCGCCACCUGGUCCACUUCUUCCUGUGAAAUCUCCCUCCCGGAGAAUUCCAACUCCUGUCGCUCUUCUACCACCACCUGCCCAGAGCAAGACUUUUACGGGAGUAAUUUUGAGGACCCUGUUUUGGAUGGGCCCCCACAGGAUGACCUCUCCCACCCUGGGGACUAUGAAAACAAAAGUGACCGGAGGAGUGUGGGAGGUCGAAGCAGUCGUGCCACCAGCAGCAGCGACAACAGUGAGACGUUUGUGGGCAACAACACCAGCAACCACAGUGCCCUGCACAGUUUAGUGUCCAGCCUGAAACAGGAGAUGACCAAACAGAAGAUAGAGUAUGAGUCCAGGAUAAAGAGCUUAGAACAGCGAAACUUGACUUUGGAAACAGAAAUGAUGAGCCUCCAUGAUGAACUGGAUCAAGAAAGGAAAAAGUUCACAAUGAUAGAAAUCAAAAUGCGAAAUGCAGAGCGAGCAAAAGAAGAUGCAGAGAAAAGAAACGACAUGCUUCAGAAAGAAAUGGAGCAGUUUUUUUCCACUUUUGGGGAGCUGACAGUGGAACCCAGGAGAACCGAGAGAGGAAACACAAUAUGGAUCCAGUGAGCCCACUUUUUCCCGCUGUCUCCAAUGGAUCUGGGAAGGGCUCUGUGGUUCUGGUGGGAACAUUCUACGGGAUCAGGUGGCUGGUUCCUUGCUGUACAGUGCUCUAACUGGUGAAGGAAUAUCAUUUCCAGACAUUACCCAUCCAUAUCUGCAAUGUGUACCAAAGUUCUAUCAUGCCCCAUAAUGCUACUGUCAAGUGUUACAACUGGAUUUGUGUAUAGAGAGUAGUUUUUAAAAAGUAAACUAAAAAUGAGAAGCAUAUCUCAAGAAUUAUUUUAUUGCAAGUCUUGUAUUUAAAAUGUUAAAUCAAUAUGUCGUUGCAAUUUAGCUUGCUUUCAAGCUUCACCCCUUGCACUUAACAUAAGCUAUUUUUGGCAUUGUGUUCUCAUCAGCUUAUUUUAUAGAUCAAUAUUUUUAUUUCCCCUCUUGCUGAGGAAAUGAAGAUGAGCAGAUAUAUAAAUAUAUAUAAAUAUAUAUCAGAUGAGUUAUUAAAAUCAAAAGAAUACUUUGUGGCUGUGCUGUUUGUGCCAAUAGACCUCGCCAUGACCAAAAAGAGAAAUGUAAUGGUUUUAUAAAAUACAAUAGAAUCACCAGAAACCUUUGA